AUGGCAGACAGUCUGCAGAGAGCACACCAGCUCUCGGCGCAGGCGUCUAUCCUCGCCCGCCGGCUCGACGCCGACCGCACGUCGCUCGACCGCGCCCUCAAUGCAUUUCGUGAAGCGGAAGGACUGUUCGACAAAGCUGCUCAGAGCGCCGACGACAGCAACCGAGGAACGCUAAAGAUGCUGAGCAACCAGCACGCACGUCUCGUACGUGACACGGAGCGGCGCAUAGCGGCCCUCGACGCCCCGCCCAACCCCUUCCGUCCCUCCUCACCACCUUCUCCCACUCGCGAACCCAAGCGCUCUUCCUCCGCGUCCAUCGGUCCUGGAAUUAUUGGCAGUGGCCUCGGUGGGCCAGGACUAGACGGGCUAACGACAGCACGCGCGUCCGUGCCUCCGUUUGCCAUGCGUCCCGUGGAGCCACGUUUCGCUCCGACAUCCCCCAUGCACAGCAGCAUCUCGAGCAGCGAGCCUCCAGACGAGAGUUACCUCCUCCCGGGCGCUGUUCCUGAUACCGGUGACCCGUUCGCACGGUUCUGGGGCAUGCUCGAAAACAUGAUGGAGGAGAUCUCGUUCCCGCGGGCACUGACGACGGCCGUCACCUCUCCAAUCAAGGCUGGAACCGAGAAGAAGGACAAGAAGGAGAAGAAGGGGAAGGGAAAAGGCGAGAAGACCAAGGACCGCACCGAGUCGCCGUCGCCUUCCGAGUCGUUCUACGUUGUCCCAGAGGAGAAGAAAGCGGACAAGACGCCGGAGGAGUUGGCGCUCGAGAACGCGAGCCUGCGGGCGUCGCUCGAUGCCCUGGCUGUGCAUGCGCACGUGGUUGAGAAGGAAAACAGCGAACUCAAGAAACGCGCCGAUGAGCGCAACGUCGCUCUCCGAAGCAUGGUGCUGGAUGUGCAGAAGGAGGCUCGCAAGGCGAGGCAUCAGGAGGUGCUCCGCUCGCAGAUGAUCGCGCCUCCGGCACCAGAACGUGAGAACGGGACUCAAGGUAACCAACCGCUUCGCAAGCGAGUGGCAGAGCUGGAGGAGGAGGUGUGCGCCUGCAGCAAGAAGCUCGAAGAGAGCCGGCAGGAAAACGCCAAGCUGAACGCGCAGCUGAACAAGUUCAAAGAGAAGUGGGACAAGCUCAAAGCCAAGAAGGAGGCGAAGGCGAGGGCGCGCGAGGAGGCGAAGAGCUGA